ACGUAAUCUAGCGAUCAUUCACGAUUGGUGAAUUUACAAGACAGACUGAAAGGUGAAGCAGCCAUUGUUGUCUUCACAUGGAAAGGUUUGCACACGGAACGAAAUUUACGAUGUGUUCCUCAAAACUAUGCUUUGCAUGUGUAGCAUUAUUUAUGCUGUCCUUAUUACCUCAACAAAGUAAUGGUAAAGAAACAGACCAAAGCAACUUGUAUGAUAAAGUCACCGCAAAACCUAUCAACCCAAACGUGGAAACCCUGAAACAGAUCAUUCCUCAGAACAACAGUAAUACAACACAAACUGAGAGACUUGUAAAGAGAGAAUAUUUUAUUUCUAAGUUAUUUGAAGAUUUUGGUAAUGAAAAUGGUGUGUUGACUCAUGAUGGACUGGAUAAAAUGUUAACACAGUUAGGUUUUGAAGUUGGUCAUGUUCACAGCAUUAAAGACCAUGAUCACAAUGGAGACUAUGAUCACAAUGGAGACCAUGAUCACAGCAUAGACCAUGAUCACAAUCACCAUGAAGUUGAGCACAAACAAUCAGAAGAGGAAGAUCAUACUCCCAGGAAUAAAGUAAAAAGAAUGUUGAAAAGUACCGGUAGUACUAAAAAUAACAGUUCUGUUAAAGACAAAUAUAACAAAUAUAAUGUUGACAGUUUGUUACAUGAGUAUGGAUAUACAGAUGGUAUAACAAGGAACCAGUUUAUUAACUUUUGUCCUGGUUUAUUGUUCCUGUUGAUGGGUUUAGAGCAUGCAGAUCAACAUUAUCCUGAUGGAAUUCACCAACAUCUGAAUACAUCAGCGAGUAGCUAUCGUCUACCAGAAGUAUGGGGAUUUAGCUGUCUCUCAGUGCUUGCCAUCAGUUUAGUAGGACUACUUGGUGUAACUGUUAUUCCCAUCAUGCAGAAAGUCUUCUAUAAUCACCUGUUACAGUUUUUGGUAGCGUUAGCUGUUGGAGCCCUCUCUGGAGAUGCGAUGUUACAUCUCAUUCCUCAUGCAUUCCAAGGUGGACAUUCCUUGCAUGGUGAACAUGAUUCACAUGACAACUCACAGCAUAUGUCAUCUGUAUUGAAAGGACUGUGUGGACUUGGAGGAAUAUAUUUCUUCUUUCUGAUAGAAAGACUCUUGACAAUACAUACACAAGAAAAACGCAAAAGAAACAAGGGUAAAUCUAAACACACCAAUAACAAGACGGUAUAUAGUAAGGAACAGAACACCAGUUUUAUUGGACAUGCAAGAAAAACGACUGAACCUGAUUGUGAAGAUAUGAUUAUGGGCAUUCAUCCUGGACACAAAGCUUUGAAGAAUUAUGCUGAAGAAUCACACAAUACUGACUGUCACAAGCUGGAUGAUUUGAGUGACGAGGAAAAUCAUGUCAACUGUAAGAAGUCUACAGACGAGGAAGAGCCAUCGCUAGUAUUAAGUCAUACUCAUGGUGGUCAUGGCCAUAGCCACUGUCACAAAGUACCAAAGACAGUGGCAGCUAUUGCUUGGAUGGUCAUCAUUGGUGAUGGAAUCCAUAACUUUUCUGAUGGUUUAGCUAUUGGUGCAGCUUUUGCAGAAAGUUUAACUGGAGGAUUGAGUACAUCAAUUGCUGUAUUCUGUCAUGAACUACCUCAUGAAAUAGGUGAUUUUGCUGUUUUAUUAAGAGCAGGGAUGACAGUUAAACAAGCCCUGGUAUAUAACUGUGUAUCAUCUGUUCUUGCCUUCAUGGGUAUGUGUAUUGGUAUUCUCAUCGGUAAUAUAGAAGGUGCUAGUCUAUGGAUUUUUGUUGGAGUCGCUGGCAUGUUCCUGUACAUUGCUUUAGUUGAUAUGCUUCCACAGGUGUCUGAUGUAGAUACAAAGAAGGGAGAGCAUCCACUUUGUCAUCUAUUGUUACAGAUUUCAGGAAUGAUGUUAGGCGGAGGAAUAAUGUUUCUCAUUGCUUUAUUUGAACAUGACCUGAAGAACAUCUUCUGAUGUGAAUCAGCUGAUCAAACAAACAAAUAGUUGCUUCCAGAAGUGCUUAACGAAUAAAUGAUGAUGUUAUAUGUGUAUAGGUGUUGUAGCAGUGCUUAACGAAUGAAUGAUGAUGUAGUAUAUAUGUGUAUAAGUAUGAGGGUAACAAUUACAGUAAAAAGUUAUAAUAAUUAUAGAUGUCCAUUAUACAAAUUUACAAUGAUUUAAGAAAUCCUUUGUGGACAAAUGAAAUCUCAAGAACCUUUUUUCUUUUAUUUGGUGUCUCUUUUUCUAUACAGUACACUUAUCAUGGAAUUAUAUUAAAUCAAAUUGAACAAUGUUCUUUGUUAAACAGAAGUGGUUCAUGAAAUAGCUUUCAUCUGUUUAUUUAUUUAUAUUUUCUUUUCUGUUCAUCUUAACAAAAUGGCAGAAGUGAAAAUUUCAGCCUGCUGUUUCCGCAGGCUGCAUCACAAAUAUGUUAAAGUUUAUGAUAAGGUCAGUUUAUAGGGAACAAGAUGUGGUCAAUCAAUGAUAUUUGGUAUUCAGUUGUAUAUGUAUCCCAUUUCUAUGGAGAUUAUUUAUGCCCCUUGCUCAGUCAUGUUUGCUACUUUUGCAUAUUUUCACAUUACAGUUUGUGGUUAGGGAUAUUUUAAGGGGAAUUUUAAUGGUCAGUGAAUGAUAUUUAAUAUGCAGCUCAAUUAGCAUUUACAUUUCUCAUUUUCACAGAAUUUUUGGGUGAGCAUAUUCAGACAAGAUUCAUUGAAUUUGAAAGGUUUUGAUACUUUUAAACUUUUGUCGUUCUUCUUUUAAAAAAAAAAAUGCAUUUAACUAUCAACACUACAUACAGUUGAGACAUUUCCCUGUGUGAACAGAUAUGUUUAAUAUACCUUUAAAGUUUCCAGUUAAGGGGUUUAAAAAAAAAUAGAGAGAGAUAUACUUAUAUCUUGGUGUUUUGAUGGCUCUAUCUCUUUUGGAAACAGAUGAUAAGUGACAAUUCUAAAACAGUUAUGUUAACUUAUUUAAUUAUUUUGAAAGUAUCGGUUAUUUUUCGCUGUAAGAUGGGUUGGGUUGGGGUU